UUGAGGGAGCUAUAGGAAGCAUCCAUACCCCCUCAGUACUCACUCUCGACAUUAAUGCGCGUUUCCAUACACGUAUCUACUGCAAAGUUAUCAAUGUACAAGUUCAAUUUCAUUCAAAAGUAAUAUUUUUCCAAAUUUCCUUUUCUUUUUGGAGUGCGUAAUAGUGCGAAUGGAGAUGCUACUUAAAUUUUCUUUAGUGCUCUUUUAUAUAGCGUUUCAGCAAGUAUUGGCGACAGAUCCAAACGAACUUCACGAAAUCCCUCAAGACAAACAAUUGAACCAGCAGAAAAGACGACUCUCACUGCAAAACACAGCGGAGAUCCAGCACUGUCUGGUUAAUGCUGGGGAUGUGGGCUGUGGCAUGUUCGAAUGCUUCAACAACAACUCCUGUGAAAUACAAGGCCUACAUGACAUCUGUAUGACAUUUCUGCACAACGCCGGCAAGUUUGACUCCCAGGGGAAGUCCUUCAUCAAGGAUGCCCUGAAGUGCAUGGCCCACGGCCUGAGGCACCGGUUCAGCUGUGUGAGCAGGAAGUGCCUGGCGGUGAACGAGAUGGUGUUCCAGCUGCAGAGAGAGUGCUACGUCAAACACAACCUUUGUUCCGCUGUCAGGGAGAACGUCAACGUCAUGGUGGAGAUGAUCCACUUCCAGGACCUCUUCCCCAAAGGGCCUCAUGUGGAGCUAGUGAACAUCCUGCUGGGCUGUGGUGAGGAGGUGAGGACGGCCAUAGCACGGAGAGUGAGGAUGCAGUGUGAGCAGAACUGGGGGGCCCUGUGUGGCAGCCUGAGCCUGUGCUCCCUGGGCCGCUCAGAUGACCCCCAAUACUUCACCGUCCCUCCCGCCACUGAACAGGAGCAACCCAGAACAGGCCAGUUAGGAGACAGGGGGAGCCUUCACCCCUCUGUGAGUCUCAGUCAGAAUCCCCUGGACAACGCCACAGACCCUGGGCUUGCUGUGCCCAGUCAAGCACCCAAUACCGCCAUCCAGGGGUGAAACAGAGUGCAAGGUCCCUAGCCUGUACACACUCAACAGCGCAUCCCCUAACCUCUGACCCCCUUUCCCCUCAAACAACCCUACUAAUGACGGCCUCCGUGUUACAAACAAGGAAGAGUAAUGACCCUGUACCAUGCUUCUCCAUUCCUACUCUCCUAAAUGGUAAAGGUGACAGGGUAUGUUUGGUAAAAUGUAGAUUUGAGGCCUUGUUUUUCAGUAGUAGUUCCUUUUGAUUGUUUUAAUUACAAGUGAAAUGCAAAACGUAUUUUUAAAUAACAUUUAUUUCAUUUGAUUCCUUUUAAAAGUAAAUCAUGGGUAUAUCCAAUUUACAGUAUAUGAACAUUUUAUACAGAACCAGGUAUCAAUAUUAGUUCAGUAAAUAUUUUUAAGAGGGCUUGUCACAGCAAGGACUCUUGGAACUGGUUGGAAGUUGUUGUUUCCCAUUUCUUCCCAAGAUUGUGACUGCAAUAUUCUAGUUUUAGCUAGACACUAACUUGGUAGUACACAAUCUGAAUGUAUUGAGACAGUGCGCUAUCGAUUUUCUAGUUAUUAUGAUUUAUAAUUUAAAAAAAUAGAUUUUAAAGAGACAGUUUCCUAAUACACUUAAUUAAAGCCACAUCUUGGAUGGCUGACUCUCCAGGUCCUAUUUUCUAGGUAUCCAGAAGAUGAGGUAAAUAUAAGUAAACUGUCUCUAUUAUGUUACUAUGCUAUACAGCUUUACAUUCUGUCAACUAGUUUCAAUACUGCAUUUGCUUUACCUAUUUAUACUACGAUCGCUACUGUAAAAAAGCUUGUAUAGAGCUUAGAGUGCUUAUGCAAGCUCUCAAUGUUUCUGCGGAAACAUUUAUUUUAUUUGCAGUACAAAAGUGAACUGCACAAGGAUUAUUUACAUUUGUAUGUCUAAGACAGGCUUAAGGUCUCUCAACUCGCCAAUGGCACAUCAACUCUGCAAAGAGAAGUCCAUCACUGGCCCAUAUGAUGCAUUGUGCGUGAUUACUAAUCACAAGUAACAACUUGGCUAACCAGUGGCCUUCUACCACAAUCAGGAAAGCUCAUAAAAAAAAUCUCACAACCAUAAACUCUGAAACGUGGUUAUGCAUGUUCACUCAAAGGCAAACAUCAGGAAACCUCAGGUGUCAUAACAAAACAAUGAGACCCAACAAAACGUAUUAGUUAUAUAGAAUAUUGUUGUGAGUCUUAGACUAUUCUCACUAACUGAGGCCUUCCCAUAAUAUGUAUCAGAUAUGGUCUACUGCAAUGUAUUUUUCAACUACAAGGUUGUUGUUUUUUCACAGGAUGACCACAGAAUGUCUUGUCAGAAACAUUUUCCACUCUGACAGUUGAACGUUUCACUAGCUUUUGAUGCAAAUAGCUAGCUACAGUACAUCAUGAUUGCUUGUUCUAACCUCAUCAUUAGUACUCCAAGGAACCUACCUCACCCCUCACCAUCCAUGCCGGCUCUAGAGAUGUUUUAUACUGGAUGCAUUCAGAGGACAUUGAACUGGUAUGAAUACAACUGACAUUCAGCUAUCUCACACAUUCAUUUUUCCACUCGUUUUGUACAGUUGGCUUGUAUGAUGUGGAUUUUCUUUAGUAUUUCCAGUUGUGCAUGUGUAAGAUGAGCAUCAACUGCCCUCAUCAACUUCUGUGUCAGUACUAUCACCUACAUGUAAUCAAGUGGAUGACUGCAUUCACAUAAAGACUCUUAUAACCUACCGGAAAAUGAAGGUCUGUACUUGAAAACAGCAACUUAUUUCUUACGAAGUUUGUUUGUACUCUGAUUCAAUGUCUGUGUUUUAAGUAUUUAAAACGUUUUUUUGUAUUUAUUUUGACUGCUUUUCUUAAGCUAUGCAUUACAUUAUAUUAUUGGCUUUUUGUUACCCAUUUGUGGGUUAGGGUUAGGCCUUGAUACAAGCAAACUACCAUUUUAUACAAAUCACUUGUUUCAUUUGAGUUAUUUUGUACUUUUGGACAUUAAACAUUUCAGAUACUUUGUUGCAAUUUUAAAUGAAUGACAAUGCAUUGCAAUCAUUUUAUAAGCACAUUGUUGAAUAAAAAAAAAAUGCUACUAGUUGG